AUGGGGAUUUUAUUUGUUAGGUUGGUACAUUUCUCCGACUGUAUCGAAGCGUCAGCUGUCAAUUGUCAUCUGCUUUCAGAGACUCAGAGUUCAUUUUGUAUGGAGCUGUGGUUUGGAGUCUGUGCCAAUAAUGGAAUAAGAAUUAUACGCAAAUAAAUUAAAUAAACUGACACCAGAGGAACGCGUUGUUCUCUACUUCAAACAACAGCUCCAGGAAACACAAGUGGAACUCACUGAAGCUAAAAAACAAAUCGAGGUUUUGCAAGUGCAAUUAAAUGCAAAAGAAAACGCUUUGGCCGAAUUAAAUUAUGAAAAACUCGAAAGACAAGGGUUUAUAGAACUUCGAGGAUUUAUUGAAUAUUAUGAUAGGAAUUAUAUAAAUCUAGAUAUUAGCACAAGAUCCCAAAGAUUUGCACGCUUUGUGCAAAAUCACCCAACUUUAAUGAAAAAAUGGGAUCUACAGCCAAGUGGACUUGAAAAAUGGUUUUCUCUUUUUUACGACAAACUAAACCAUUUUUUCAAACAGGAAACUUAUUUUCCUUAUCAGAGGGAAUACUAGAACCAAAAGACAUCACGUUUAUUACGUUACUUUGGGAUAUUGCUCCCUUGCCUAAAGAAAAUCUCUAUAUAGAGAUAAAUAAUGUCAAGCACAAUUUGUUUAAAUACUAAAAAAAUAAUUUUUUUUGAAAAAUAUCUUUGAAGUUGUUGGGAUUUUUAUCCCUAAUAGUAAUUUUAAUUUGAUCCAGUUGGCAAACCUUAUGCGAGAAGACCAGAGAAGACGCAAGUUAACCCAAGUCCGACUUAGGUUAAUGGGUUAUCUAUGUCAGGCUCUCUCACUUAAAACGCAGUUUUUCUUUGUCAUUUUAGUCGCUCUCUUUUUUUAAUCUGUUGUGUUUUUUCUCUAGUUUGUCACCAUCGGAUAGUAGCGGCAAAACGUCUUAUUCAAAUUACCAUUGCGCUCAAAGAUAAUGGAACAAAAAGUUCAGUCUGUUGACUUAAUAUAUAUAAUAAGUGCAAACCACCCAUUAGCUGGUAUUAAUUUGCUGAGUUAUUAGUGUUUUACAAUCAAUAUAAAGCAUUCUCAUGAAAAAAUAAUAAACUAUUGAACGAAUCGUUCAUCGUACCACAAUUUCAUAAAAAAAGUUGCAAAAUGUCAAAUCACUGCCCAGAUCGUAUUGUCCGCAUGUACUUGCAGACAUUUAGGUAUCAUUAAUUAUAACAUAGUGUUUUGACAAAAAUUAAUAAUAAAAAAUAAUAACAAUUGGCAGUAAUUACCUGUCACUUUUAGUUUUUUUCUCUCUAGUUAUUUGUGACAUUUUAUCGUUUCUUGUUGGUGAUUCUGGUCAUGACGUCACAACUUGCGUUAACCUGAGUUUAUCUGCGUUAUCUUGUGUUAAAAGCGCUAGAAUUCCCCUUAAGUCGACAACGUUACCAAUUUUGAGGGAAUUUUAGUUGGUCAGGUUGCCGUGUACGUAACCUCACUUUUGGCCCCCUUAAAAUGAGGGCCGCUGCAGCGCUAUUCGCCGCACGUGGCAACCCCAGAGAGCCCGUCCCCUUUCAGGAAAUCCUCCCCUUGAAACUCAAAGCUAAAGUGUCCGGGAAAGGGGACAAGACGUCCGAUGUGUGUUGCAUCUACGAGAUGUCGGUCCUUUUGGCCUGUUUCAAGAACAAUGACUUCAACCAGGCCCCCUGUGGUAAGGAAAUGACAGCCUUCCAGCAGUGUUACAUGAACCACCUCGAGAAAACCAAAGUGAAGAAGGAACGGGAAGCUAAGGGAAUACUGACUCCAGGUGAAAAGAAGUUGUCUCACAGACAAAUAAAUGUGUUGUUAUCGAAAUUCCCCAAUAUAAAAUGAAUUGUAGACAAUGUUUAUUGAAUUGUAACACAGUUUAGUACAACGUAUUUAGUAGAAAAUGUAUACCAAAAAAAUAAACAACCACUUUCUAUCAA